AUGGAAGCUAAUAGCCAGUUCAUAAGAAUCAUCCAGGAAAUGCGGACAGAGAUCAACAAGCUGAAGAAAGAGAAUCAGUUCCUCCGGAUGAAGCUGACUUCAAAUAGUCCGAGAACCUCGGGCAGUCCAUGCAGAGAAUCAGGAGAUGAAAGGGAAGAGGAAGUCACAGGCCCCAGUGACCUUGGGAAAGCAUCUGAAGAGUCUCCAGCAACCCUUUACAGUGGUGUUUCCACCGAUCCAGCACCCGCUGGGCACAAACAUCAAGGCAACAUCAUGAUUGUUAGACGCUAUUCCAUUUCUUCAUCAGUUCAUUCGCUUGCUGCACAUGACCCCUGGAAAGCUGGGGAAAGAUAUCCCAAGAGUGGAAUUCUAGAAGCUCAGGGAAGAAUCAAACCACUGGCAUGGCCUUCAGUUAAGAAGCAAGACAAUGAAGAAAAGAUGCUUGUGGGAGAUUUUUUGGCCAACAAUAGUUUUAACAGCAGAGCUUUUCCUGAACACAUUUUUGGUAAUGUCACCAGGAACAGUGGGAGUAGCCUGAGUCACGGAAGACAGCUGCAUGGAGCCAGGCAAAGAAAAAUGGAAAGAUCACCCCAGGUAGAGCAGAAAAGACAAGAAGAUGGAAGAAAGGAUGACUGUGGGAAAAACAAAAGUGGUGAAGUGAAUGAGGGCGAAGAACGGAACAAGACCCAGCAUAAGGAGUCUUCCGCACAAGACUCGGGCAAGAUGAAGACAGUCAGUUUCCUGUUACCUAUGGAUGUGUCUUCAUAUUCCAAAAACUCAAGUUCUUUUAAAUCCUCACAAGAUCAGACUACAAACCAACUGAGUACCAUUGCAGAAUAGGAUUGUGAAGUGAUGAAAUUUAAGAAACAGCUGAUUCCCAAUUUAAGAAACUGAGGCCUCAUUGGGUCAGAAUUCUCCCCUACAAAGAGCUCUGGAAAGAUGCCCAGUAACACGCACAAAAUGCUUGGCAUCAGGUCAAGGGACUUGUCAAUGGACUUGGCCAAGAAAUGGAAGCGAUUACUUGAUGUCAUUGUUGAAUACUAAUGCUGACGGUGGUAC